AUGGCAAGACGAGCAGGGGGCGAAGGCUCCCCGAAAAAGAAUACAUCCCUUAACUUGGUGACCGGGUUCUUCCACUACCUCCGGGAUGAGCAGGAGGCAGUGCAGAAGAGGACAUUCACAAAAUGGAUCAAUUCCCACUUGGCAAAGCGCGCCCCUCCUCUGGUGGUGACAGACCUGUUUGAGGACAUUAAGGAUGGUGUGAUGCUGCUGGCCCUGCUGGAAGUCCUCUCUGGACAGAAACUGCAAUGUGAGCAGGGCAAGAAGCUAAAAAGGAUCCACUGGGUCGCCAAUAUUGGUACCGCUCUCACCUUCCUUGAGGGUAGAAAGUCCGCCUACAGAGGAUCUCCGAUUGAAGAGCUUACCAGUAGCCUACCAGCACUUCAGGCUUUGUCCAGCAGCACUUCUUCACUGGACAGCUCCAAUAGCAGCACUGAGACCACCAGCCCCCCUGUCAAGAGAAAACCCCUCCCACCUCCUCAGGGCGGAGCCAGAAAGGCCCUACUGAGAUGGGUCCAGCACACAGCCACCAAACGUGUAGGGGUCGAGGUGAAGGACUUUGGCCCCAGCUGGCGCACAGGGUUGGCGUUCUAUGCCGUUAUCCAGUCCCUUCGGCCAAAUCUAGUUGACAUGGAGCGUGUAUGGAGGAGGCCCAACCGAGAAAACCUGCAGGAAGCUUUCUUAUUGGCUGAGAAAGAGCUGGGCAUUCCACAGCUUCUUGACCCAGAGGAUGUCGAUGUAGACAAACCAGAUGAGAAAUCCAUUAUGACAUACGUAGCCCAGUUCCUGAAGCAUCAUCCCGAGCAAAAGCAGAGUGACUCAGAUGGACGCCAAGAAGAAGAGAGAGAGCAGCGAAAGAGCCUGAGGGAGCUCAAAAUGUGGCUCGACCAGCUGGAGAGAGACGCAACACAGUCCCAGGAGACAGAGGGCAAUCUCGCUCAACAGUACCAGUUGUUCAAAAGUCUUCAUGUCCAGUUAGAGAUGAGGCAUAAACAGGUGGAGGGAGCGUUGCAGUCCACUCAGAAGGAUGGGAUGCUGACAGUGGAUCAGGCUCUGGUCAAACAGGCCUGGGAAAGGGUCUCUAAAAGGCUCCUGGACUGGCAUCUGCUUCUGGACAGGUCCCUGCCAACUCCUCUGGAUAUGGUUGGGGCGUGGCUGCAUGAGGCCGAAGGAGCCCUGCGACAAGAGAUUGUCGUCCAGCAGGCCCACGAUGUGACGGCCAGCACUGUACACAGAGCUCUGGAGCAGCACAAGGAUGUGUUUAAGAGCUUAGAAAGUCACCUGCAGGUUUUUCAGAGGAUCCAUAAAGACAGAAGUGUUGAUGGAGUUCCUGUUCCCCUGGACCAGCUCCAAGACAUGGCUGAGAGGAUGAACUUUGUCGCAACAUCUUCUAGCAUACAUUUGGCAAGAAUGGAAUACUUGGAAAACCAACACCACAUGCAAGCCUUCCUCACCCUGACCGAAUCUAAGCUCAAAUCCUGGAUCAUAAAAUAUGGCCGACAAGAGUCUGUGGAAGUGAUGCUCCACAACUAUGUAUCAUUCGUGGAGAAGCAACAUUUCUUUGAAAAGUACGAUGCAUUGUUCCAGUCCCUGAAACAGUCUGCCGAGGCUUAUGUCAAUGCUGACAGCUCAGUGGAUGAAGGCGAGAUGGGAGUACGCAGGUUCAUGCGGGAGGUGGUGACCCAGUGGAGGAGUCUGUCUAUGGAGGUGCGCAGUGUGAGGAGCAUGCUGGAGGAGGUGCUCUCUAACUGGGAGAGGUACAGCUCCAUCGUGGCCUCCUUACAAGCUUGGCUAGAGGAUGCUGAAGAAACCCUGGGCCAGCCAGAAAAUACUAAGCGGGAGUUUUUCAGGAAUCUCAGCCACUGGAUGGAUCAGCAUUCAGCCAUGAACGACGCAGGGAAUUUUCUGAUUGAGACGUGCGAUGAGACCAUGUCACUUGAGCUCAAGCAGCAGCUUCUUUUGUUGAACGGACGAUGGAGAGACCUCUUUCUCAAAGUCAAACAAUAUGCCCGUGCAGAUGAGCUGGAGAAGUGGAGAAAAGACCAUUUAAAGGCUGUGACGACGCUGAAAGAGCUUCUGGACACGGCAGAGGCCAAACUUAAUGCUCCUGUUCAGGUGUCUUUCCUCAGCGUUAGAGGCUUUCUGCAGGAUGUGGAGAAUACCAGGCAAAAGGUUGUUUCCAUGGAGACACAAUACAAGUUGGCUGGCCGCAGUGCUCAGCUCCUUGCCAAAGAUGCGCCACAGGAUGAGGCUGCCAGGGUCAUGGCAACUAUGGCAACAGCCAAGAGUCAGCUGAGCAAGGUGAGAGAGCGGUGUCCCCCCCUUGUGAGGGAGUGUCAUGUCUUUCUGCCGCUCUUGGAGGAGAUGGAGAAACACGUCACUACUUUCUACCAAGCCCUGGAGCGGGCCAGUCGCAUCACUGCUGCUGCCAGAGACCAAGACCCACAGAGCCAGGCCCAGCAAAAACAAAAGUGGCAGGAUUUGUUUAACCAGCAGCAAACCUGUAAACGUUGUCUGUCAGUGAUUGAGAGGAAUUACAACACCCUGCAGAGGUUGCUGUCCAACAGCAAGGUGCUCCGAAACUUCGACCUGUCCCAGCUGCAGAAGAGGGUGGCUGAAAUACAGGCGUCAGCACAGGCUUUGCUGAAGGAGGUUGGGGAAUGGAGAAGGCAGGAAGAGGCGAACAACUGCCUGAGGAGGAGGUUUGAAGAAUCAAGACAAGAGCUGGAGAGAGUACUGAAGAAAGCUCAGGGCUGCUUAAAAGAAACCGGAGACGCUGAAGAAUUACUGAAGAAACACACUGAUUUUUUGGGCCAACUUGACCAGCGUGUGCUGAGUGUUUUCUUGAAGGCAUGCGACGAGCUUACUGACAUCCUUCCCCAGGAGGAGCAGGAGGGGCUGCAAGAAACUGUCCGAAGGCUGCAUAAACACUGGAAGGACAUCCAGGCUGAGGUACCGUCUCACCUGCUCCGUCUGAAGGUGGGGGUGGAGCGAAGUCGAGUCUGUGUGAUCAUACAAGACUGCAGAGUGGAGUUGGACAGAGAAGUGCACGCCCUGUCUGGUACCUGCACCAGCGAGAGAGUGAUCAAAGAGCACAGAACUUUUUUUAGGGAACGCAAACCUCUGACUUCGUGUGAGAAGAGGAUUAGAAUCAUGGAAGAUCUGUGUCAGAAGUUACCUGACAACGACCCGGCUUAUCGCACAUUAGACUCCACCAGAAACGUUGUAGAAGAGGUUAUGGAGCAAAUCAAGAGCACCCACCUCAAGCUGGAGCAGCACCCUGAUAAAUGGAAAGACUGGAACGAGAGGUUCUGUGAGCUUUCUGAUUGGGUCUCUUCUCAAAAGAGGCAGGUGAGACUCUUAAAAGAGACUUCAAGAAAUUCCAGCCACAAAGAGCAAGUUGAUGCUGCUGUCCAGGCUCUGCAGGAAGCAAUAGAUGCCCGAGAGGAGAGCCUGUUGUGGCUUAAGAGCCGUCUUUCUGGGCUGUCUGAGGUUAGCUCUGAUCUGGAGGUCCAGAGACAGAGAACUGCUCUGGCCAAACUCUCCACUGACCUGCGGGCUCUCUUUUCUUCACUUUGUCAGUGGGGUGAGGAGGGUUCUGCUAUGUUCCAGUACGAGGAGCUGAGGGAGGAGGUGCACGGCGCACUGGAGGAGGUUCUGAGAGCACGCAGGGAGGCUGAGGAGCAGACCAGCAGGAUCCUGGAUGCAGAGGGGCUGGAGGAGGCGAAACAACUUUACCUUUUUCACCAGCAACACUUAAAGCGCCUGCAUGCUAACAGGAGAGAGGCGGAGCUCCUGGUGUCUCACUGCCGACAGCUGCAGAAAGGGGAGACGCUCAGUGAGUCUCUACGGGAGCUGGAGGGAGCUUUCAGAGAGGUGGACCGUAAAUCAGAGGCAAAGGAGCACAACCUGCAGGAAACUCUGAGCUCCUGGCAGAAUUUUGAAGCCGACAGAGAAACCGUUUGGAGGUUUGUCAGUAACACAAACGAAGAGCUGCACAAAGAACUGAUUUUCAACAACGUGGACAGCCUGAGGACGGAACUGGAGCAUAACAAGGAGCUCCUAACAGAGAGUGAGGAGUUUUCCAUACAAGCAGAUCUCCUCCUGGAAAAGGCAGCAGAUGUUCAGCUCGGCCCAAAGAAUCAGACUCUUCUUCUGCAGCAGGCCCAGUCCACCAAGGAAGCUGUCGCACAACUUCAAGACCACCUCAACAAGAAUGUUGUCCAGCUGGAGACGGUGUGUAUGCGGUGGGAGCGCUUCAGCAGAGAGUCUGAGGCUGUCUCUCUGUGGAUGAACAAGACAGAGGAGGAGUUAGAAGCUGUUAGCACCUCCUCCUCCACAGAUCCCCUGGACAAACAAAUCAGCAAAGUGGAGGCUGUGGGGGAGGUUUUAGACGAGAGACGGGUCGCGCUGGCUCACAUGGAGGCGGACUGCGAGGCCCUCUCGAUCUUUGUGACCCCCGGAGAAGCUGGACGCAUUCGGACACAACUCGCACAGAUGAGGCGUAACUGGGAAGAGAUGAAGUGGAGAGUAGAGCAGCUCGGAGGCCAGCUCAACCAGAGCGCCACAUACAGGCAGAGAUAUAACGAUAACCUUGAACAGGUCAAGAAAACAAUGAGUGAUCUUAAAGAGAGGCUGGACUGUCCCGUCACAUACUGCACAUCAUCAUGUGAGACGUACAAAAUCCUCCAGGACCAUAUGGAGGUCUGCCAGGCUGUUGAGCAGCUGAACCCCAGGCUGAUGGCUUUGUGUUCAGCCGUGAAGAGGCUUGGUGAGGGCAGCCAGCUGGAGGAAGAGGUGGCUAACCACCAGAAACAACAGGCAGAGUUUAUGGCAAAAGGCGCGGAGAAGCAAUCCACAUUAGAGAGCCUUCUAGCACUUUGGCAAAGAUUUGAAAAGGAGCUUUCGUCCAUGAAAAGUUGGUUGGGAAGAUGUGAGUCUGUUUGCUGUCCGGACUCUGAGCUGCUCUCUGCAGACAAAGAGAAACUUAGGAAUGAACUACGAAAUGUGCAGGAAAUGCAGAGGGAGACGCCAUCCUAUGAAGCUCUCCUCCACGGCCUUUUGAACCUUGGGCUGUGUCUGUAUCCCACAGCGCCUGAAGAUCGUACACAAGAGCUCAGUGAUGACCUCACGCAAAUACAACAGAGAUGCACUGCUUUGAAGAGCAGUAUAUCACACAGACUUGAGCUGUUGGAGCCUCAGUUGGAGCAGUUGGAGCAGUUUGAUCAGGCUCUGCUGACUCUGACCCAAAGGAGUGAAAACUUCCUGUCUGGCUUGAGAAGCUCUUCCCAGGUUGAUGUUGCUGAUCUUGAGGCUGCAAUUACAAAGCUGAAGGAGAACGAGGUGCAACUACAGGCCUAUGCAUCGAUGAGAGAGGCUCUGCAGCAAAGAGAGUCCUCCCUGAUUCGCUGUUCCACACCAGAGGCCCAACAGGAGCUGCAGGGCUGGAGAGAGGACUGCCUGCAACCCCUCAAUGAAUCCCAGCGUCUACUUCUCCUCCGCAAAGAGUGCCUGACUGAGUUAAAGACUUUCCUUGAGAAGCAUGGAGCAGCAGCUGAGGCUGUGCGUAGACUUCAAGAGGCAGUGGAAGGAAGGGGAAGCUGGGACGGCUCCAAAGUUGAAGAGCUGCAUCAUGGAAUAGGGGAAGUGGCUACAGAUGUGGCCCGACUUGAGGCCGAGGCAGUUGGCUUAGAUGGUCAGUUCACCAAAGCACAGUUUUACCUGUGUGGGGUAGAGUGGCAGAGAACAUCAUGCAGGGUGCAGGCAGUGUCCCUCAGUGUGGCUCUGGAGGAGGUUCAGAGAGGCGUGGGGUGGAGGCAGAGUGAGGCAGACGCUUUAGGGGCACUAUGGAGCUCCUUCAGGGAGAGGAGGGAGGAGGUGAUGAAGAAUUUGAAAAAACUGGAGGAUGAAGCGAGGCAAGAGGCGGCCAGAGAGAGCUCAGUACAGGCCUUUCAAAACAGGCUGCGUUUCUUUAUUCAGCUCGAGGAUGAGCUCCAGUCCCUGCAGCACUCCCAGCGGUGGUUAGAGGAGAAGGGAGGCCAGCUGGCCCAGAGAGACAGCGAGCUGGCAGGGGAGGCUCUCAGGGAGGUAGCAAUUGUGAAGACAGCCUGGGAGAACGUCAGGACUCUGAUCACCAAUGGUCAGGAACAAAGUGGAGUUUUGGUAGAUCUUCUCCGCCACUUCCACCACCUGAAGUCAAUCCUCACCACUGUUGUUGAGACUGCUCAGGCUGUUGCACACAAUCUCCCCGACCACAACCAUGAUGCCCAGGAAGCCAAGAGGACUUUCAUACGAGUCAGUACUUCCUGUUUUUCCUAG